CUGCAUGAUUGCAUCAGUUCGGGCAAGUGUCACUCCAGUCUCCAUCGGUGCUGAAGCUAAUAGAAGAUCACGCGGUGAAAUGUGUGGUAUCUGGGCCUUGUUUGGCAGUGAUGAGUGCCUGUCCAUUCAGUGCAUGAGUGCCAUGAAGAUCGCUCACAGAGGUCCUGAUGCCUUCCGCUUUGAGAAUGUCAACGGCUUCACCAACUGUUGCUUUGGCUUCCACCGUCUGGCGAUUCUGGACCAGCUGUACGGCAUGCAGCCCUUGCGCAUCAAGAAGUUCCCUUUCUUGUGGCUCUGCUACAACGGAGAAAUCUACAACCAUACCCUGCUGAAGAAGAAGUUUGAAUUUGAUUUCCAGACCAAAAUGGACGGUGAGAUUUUGCUCCAUCUCUAUGACCGGUUUGGCAUCAAGAAGAUGGCUUCUAUGCUGGACGGUGUCUUUGCUUUCAUUCUGCUGGACACUGCCAACAGGAAGGUCCUUCUGGGAAGAGAUACGUAUGGUGUCCGACCCUUAUUCAAAUUCCUCACAGACGAUGGGUUCCUUGCUGUCUGCUCUGAGGCCAAAGGCCUGACACAAAUUACUCAUGCAAUGGCCACCCCUGCCAACAUUGUUCCCUUUCUCCCCGGGCACUUCGAGGUCUUUGAUUUGAAGCCGAAUGGGAAAGUUCAGUCCAUUCAGAUGGAGCAGUUUCACUGCUGCACACAAGAGCCUGCUCACGCCAUCUGUGACACUGUGGACAGACUGCCUACAAGUUUUGAAGAGGAAAUGGUGAAAAGCAACAUCAGAACCCUGUUUGAGAACGCUGUGAGGAAACGGCUCAUGUCUCACAGGAGGAUUGGUUGUCUUCUGUCAGGUGGUCUGGACUCCAGUUUAGUUGCUGCUACACUGGUGAAACUGGCCAAAGAGGAGAAGCUGCAGUAUCCCAUCCAGACAUUUUCAAUCGGAUCAGAGGAUAGUCCAGACAUCCUCGCUGCUCGCAAGGUGGCAGCUUACAUCGGCAGCGAACACCACGAGGUGAACUUCACAACAGAAGAAGGCAUCCAAGCUGUGGAGGACGUCAUCUUCCACCUGGAGACCUAUGACAUCACCACGAUACGAGCCUCUGUUGGGAUGUACUUGGUUUCAAAGUACAUCAGGGAGAAGUCAGACAGUGUGGUGAUCUUCUCUGGAGAAGGAUCUGAUGAGCUGACUCAGGGAUACAUUUACUUUCAUAAGGCUCCAAACGCUAAAGCGGGAGCAGAGGACAGCGUUCGUCUGCUAAAGGAGCUCUACCUGUUUGAUGUUCUCCGAGCCGACCGAACCACUGCUGCACACGGUCUGGAGCUCAGAGUGCCUUUCCUGGACCACAGAUUCACAGCAUACUACCUUUCGCUGCCUGAGGAGAUGAGGAUCCCUAAGCAUGGAGUGGAGAAGCACCUGCUGAGGGACUCCUUUAAAGGUCUGAACUUGAUCCCUGAUGAGAUCCUGUGGAGGCGCAAAGAAGCCUUCAGUGAUGGUGUGAUGUCAGUGAAGAAGUCCUGGUACGUUUACCUGCAGGAGCAUCUGGAGUCUAUGGUGAACGACGACCAGAUGGAGAAGGCUCACAAGACGUUUCCUCACAACCCCCCGCUCACCAAAGAGGCCUACUACUACAGACAGGUGUUUGAGAAGCAGUACCCCGGCCGAGCGGAGUGGCUCUCCCAUUUCUGGAUGCCGCGCUGGAUCAACGCCACCGACCCAUCGGCCCGGACCCUGUCCAUCUAUAAACCUGAUAAAGAGUAGUGAUUGGCUGAACAGCUGAGUGCCUGUGUCUGUCUGCCUGUCUGUCAGCAGUGUGCUGGCCACUUGUACAUGUGUCAUAUUUAACUUUACUCCCAGGUUUUUUUUUUUUUUAAAUUAGCGGCCUUAUGCUGUGUCAGUGGUUCUCAAAUGUUUUCUGUCAGGCCCCCCCCCCUCGCCUUAAAUAGUCAUGAAAUGAGCCAGUUUAAAUUUACUGAAACUAAAUAUCAUGAGCAGUCAAAUAGUGCAGCAACAACUUGCUCAGUGACCAGUAGAAGUACCAGGGGGAGGAUAGCCUUCAAUUUAGUGGUGGUUGUCUCAUCAGUCAUUGUUGACACCAUAUCAAGAGCAGUGGGGAGUUGGAGGUCCUCAGCUGGUGGAUGGUGAUUCUGUUACAGGGCUCCAGACUAACUUUCCACUGGUGCUACCAACUGUCUUCAUUGGUUGCACCAGUUAAUGAUCUGGUUGCCCCCUUUAUUUUGUUACAUCAGCAUUGCCACAGCUAUUAAUCCACCAUGCAGCUGAUGAAUAGUUGUUUUUGCAUAA